CAUCGGUAACACUGAACGAAUGGUUACAUAUUAAACCUGACUGACCUGUAUAGGCUAUGUGUGUUUGUAUUUAUAAGUGCUGUAGAAUAGUGUAUGCAUGCAUGCAUAAUUACCAAUAGCCUACUUUAUUUAGGCCUAUUGUGCAAAUGGGUGCGUUCCCCGCUGCCCCCCAAGAUAAGUCACUUUUGAUUCGCAGUUAUUUUUUUUUAUUUGUGUUCAAGAUCCUGAGCCAGAACCAUUUCUGUGUUCGGCGAUUUAUUCUAGAAUUUUGAGCGAGAGCGGCGACGAACGGGAGCGGGAGAGCUAGCGAGGGAGGAAGGAAGCGAAGGAUCACGAAACACAAACGGAAAGAAAACGAAGGCAAAGAUAGCAUUUACCACAGUAUGAGAACUUGAGAACUCUCUUUGUUGCUUCGAUUGUUUUUGGAAGUAUAUUGACGUUUUUACAAGGACUACACGAAAAAAACGUUUUCUACACCCAGAUAGUCAUUGGGAGUUUAAAUCCAUAUCGAAGAGGAAAGGGGAUCACAACAGUAAGCUAUAGGCUAUAUCUAAUUUUCUGAAGAGGCCCAAUCAAAUAUAGAUUAUCUCGCAGCAUUUAUAUUUUUAAACCUAGUCGAAUAUGCAUUUUUCCCAUGUUGAAAAACGACAAGACUCAAGGAGAGGAAUACAGAAACUGAAAGCAACGAGCAACUAGACUUCAACAUUUUGCCUGUUUUAGAUUUUGAGGACCAAGGAAUAAGGACCAAUAUUUAGCCCAUAUUUAGAACAGUAUUUUGUAAACGAAGCGAUCAACCACCUCGCCCGGAAAGAUUCAACUAAUUAACAGAUUGUAGAUCGACUAAACUAUAGUGGGAGUGACAGGCGACCAGCCAAUCAACAAUGAGUGAACUGGAGCAACUGCGCCAGGAGGCGGAGCAACUGAGGAACCAGAUAAGAGAUGCAAGGAAAGCAUGUGGAGACUCCACCCUAACACAGAUUACAGCAGGUCUGGACCCAGUGGGUCGGAUACAGAUGCGUACGCGCCGCACCCUCCGUGGACACCUGGCUAAAAUCUACGCUAUGCACUGGGGCACUGACUCCAGGCUGCUUGUCAGUGCUUCCCAGGAUGGCAAACUGAUCAUCUGGGACAGUUACACCACCAACAAGGUACAUGCAAUCCCACUGCGCUCCUCUUGGGUGAUGACGUGUGCAUACGCCCCCUCUGGUAACUAUGUAGCCUGUGGAGGCCUGGACAACAUCUGCUCCAUCUACAGCCUGAAGACUCGAGAAGGCAACGUGAGGGUCAGCAGAGAACUACCUGGACAUACAGGCUACCUGUCCUGCUGCCGCUUCAUUGAUGACAAUCAAAUCAUCACCAGUUCAGGAGAUACAACGUGUGCAUUGUGGGAUAUUGAGACAGGCCAGCAGACCACGGUGUUCUCUGGUCACAGUGGUGACGUCAUGAGCCUGUCUCUGUCCCCUGACUUCCGUACGUUUGUGUCUGGGGCGUGUGACGCCUCCAUAAAGCUCUGGGACAUCCGGGACAGCAUGUGCCGACAAACAUUCACUGGCCAUGAGUCGGACAUCAAUGCCGUUUGUUUCUUUCCCAAUGGCAGUGCGUUCGCCACGGGCUCAGACGACGCCACGUGCAGGCUGUUCGACCUGCGGGCCGACCAGGAGCUCAGCCUGUACUCCCACGACAACAUCAUCUGCGGCAUCACGUCCGUGGCCUUCUCCCGCUCGGGGCGGCUGCUGCUGGCCGGAUACGACGACUUCAACUGCAACAUCUGGGACGCCAUGAAGGGGGACCGUGCAGGAGUGCUGGCCGGCCAUGACAACCGUGUGAGCUGCCUGGGAGUGACCGACGACGGCAUGGCGGUGUCCACCGGGUCCUGGGACAGCUUCCUCAAGAUCUGGAACUGAAGAGUUGCAUCGCCACCCCCAGACACAUGCACACACGCACACGCACACACACACUCACACAGGGUACAUUGGGUUGUUCAGAGCUCAAACUCACAUUCCGGUACAUGUAUUAUGUACAUAAGAACUACGUAAGAAAACCAGAAAAAUUAAAACACGGUGAACCUCAUUGUACAUAAUAUGUACGAUGUGUCACAACUCACAAGCAUAUAGACACAAUUGUACAUAUGCCACACAAUGUAUAUGCUACAGAUUACACUGUAUUCUGUACAUGGAUGGUGUUAAAUUUCACACAAAUACACAAUUGCACUUGGACAAACCUGCAGUUUUCCUAUAUCUCAUAGGAAAUGACACGCUGCAAGGUGACCACAUUUCCUUUGAAAUGUGCACAUCACGUGUAACCAUUGACCAGUCACAUGUGCACAUAUAUCCAACAACAUCAUUUGGACUUACAGACACACUCUUUUUCUAAAAACAAUUGGAAAAGAAUAUUGGACAUUGUGGAAUAACUCCUCUGGAACCCAAAAGGAAGAGGAGAAAGAGAGAUGCUGGGACUUCAUUCACUUCAUUAGUUUUUUAUUUCAUGUCUCCUUCAAACAGGUCUCUUCAAUCCUUCUCUCCAGGUAAAAGUUUUUCUUAAACAGGGUAAUAAAUGGGAGUGGGGGAGUAUAUGACGGACAAACUAGUACGUCUGAUGCCAACAAUGACACGCUGAAGAGACUGAGAGGGGUGGAAGGGAAUGUCGUUUUAAAACAAAAUGGAGGAUGAUUAUAAAGUCAGUGAAACUGGUGGUCACUACUGACUGACAAUAAAUUGCUAUUUUCUGUUAAUGAGUUUUUAUCUAUAUAUACAUUUAUGUGUAUAUAUGUAAAUGUGUGUGUAUGUCUGUAUAUACAUAUACAGUAUAUAUGAGUGUGUGUAUAUUUACAUGCAUAUACACACAAAUCUAAAAAUGUUUUGUUUUUGUUUUUUUGACAAUUUUUAUGCCGUUUUAUUCUGUUCUCCCUGUGUGCCUCAGAUAUGUUUAAAUGAUAAUGAAUAAUUAUGUUGAACACAUUGCAUAUAGUAUUAUACAAAAUGAUUCUCAAGGUAAAACAAAAAUUUAAAUGUGGGUUAAUCCUUUCAAAUUUCUUUUGGGAAAAUAAUCAAGAAGGGUGUUGAUGCUGUUUGACUUUGUCAGUGUGUUACGUCUGCAUUAUAACGGUAUACAUUGUACAUAACAAUAAACACCAGUAGCCUUUCUUGCCA